AAACGGACCUACCUCCUCUCUCCUACUGAUAAAAUCAGUCACAAGCAAAACCCCGAUCACAGUUGGUAGAAACAAAUUUAGAAAGACAAUUAUUUUGAACAUAAGGAAAAAAAAAUGGUAAACUUUGUUUAUCCCGAGGAGCUGUACUUUUUCGUUGAAAGUAUUCGCGGGUUUGAGGUGCGCGACGUUGGAAACAGCAAGUGGCUCGAGGUGCACGAGAUGGUCAUCAAGCUGAGCCAGCAGGCGGCCUACGAAGCGGCCCAGAACCGUGAGGAGGAGGUCAAGGAAUUUCUCAUUUCACGAGAUAAACUUCGCCUGCUGAUACACGAGGCCUACUGCGUGAAUUUGUGGAAGGCUCGGGUGCUACCGCUUCUGCUGGAGAUCGACCCGAAUCCCAAGGCCACGUUUCUCAUCUACACGGUGAUGUACCAUGAGGCGGCGCUGGUGGCUCUCUUGGACAUGUGCCUCUAUCACCCCAGUGGCUGCGAGACGCUGCAGGAAUCGGUGCUGGAUCUCAUCGACUACUGUGGACAUGCAGUGUCCCAGGUGAUUGGUCUAGUCAGCAUGGGCUACCACGAGAACGAGUCAAAGGUGGACGUUGAUGAGGCUGUACUCACAGAGCUGGAACGCCAGAAGCGCAAUUUCAUAUACAAGAUCGGCCUGCGCUGCAUCUCCAUUCUUAACUACUUGGCCGACAAUGUUUCGCUCUUUCACCUGAGCGCCACUCGUCGCUUGCUGUUUUCUCACGACAUCCCCUGGCUAAUGGUGGAUGUGCUCUGCUUCCGACCCUGGCAGCGGAAGACCAGCAAGGGGCUGCAAAAAUUUAUCGACGAGAAGUGGACCAAUGUGGAGGAUACCGCCAAGAUCGUCAAGCCCGAGGCACAGGCCUGGUUCUGUGUGCAUCAGCUGCUUCUUAAUCCACAGAUCAUGGAGAAUUACGAGCUGAACGAGGCGCGUUGCAAGCAGCUGUCAAAGCUAUUGGGUCUAAUGCACGAAACGCUCUUGGACCAGCUGCCCGUACUCAUUGGGCUGAAGCAAUUCCUUAGCCGCUUGACCCUCAGCGGCAAUACGGCGGCAAAGUCGCACCCUCUUCUGUUGGAAGAUCUGCCCCAAAUACAAAACGACCUCAUCAAGGAGGUUGAUCGCGAAGGCGGAUUUUAUCAGAUAGCCCAGGCACAGGAUUCCGUGUUUCUUAGCAUGGACAAGAAGCAGAUUUGUGACAUAGCUAGCCGCUUAAGUGCUGCCUACGGCACAGAGCUCCUGUGCGAGCUGGAGCAGAAGAUAGACGAUCUGAAUUUGCAAGAGGGGAAUCCAAAGUCUCAACCGGAUUCUGGGGCUGGCGGCGACGCCGCAGCAGAAGAGCAGAUAAACAAGUGCGCAUCUUGCCAGGCUCAGGCAAAAAAGAAGUGCGCCAAAUGCAAGAAGGCUCACUAUUGCUCACGCGAGUGCCAACUAAAGGACUGGCCACAGCACAAAACUGCCUGCCUGGACAGUGCUUAAUUGGACUUUUUUCCAUUAUUCUAGUUGCGUUAAAGAGAACUUUCCAAAAAUGUAAA